UACAUGCGGAAGUGAAUGGUUUUUGUAGAUAAUUAACAUGAACUGUGUCUGUUCUCUUUAAUGUAUUAUUUUCUCUGGUAUUAACGUGUUCCUGUGAAAUACCGCCGGUUCGUUCUCUUACCAAUUUGUUGUUACCUCAUCACCUGUGUUAGAAGCUGUCGGCUAGCACUGCUUGGUGCACAUGCAGUCUUUAGUGCCCGGCUUUCAUGUCUAAAAUAUAUAUAUAUAUUUCCAUAGUAUAGCGAUGUUCUCUGUUUUACAAAAUGAAGACGACGCUCGAGCAGUCGAACAUGCAGUUAGAACAGCGAUACAUACUAUUGUGAGUGUUAUUUCUAGUAUCAACAGUGCCAAAAUACAGGAAUAUCAAAGUAAGUUGGCUGAGAAGGACAAAGAAAACGAAACGCUGAAACGCAAAGUUACAACAGCAGAACGUGAGGUCACAGCAUUGCGAGGCUCCUUUGAAUUUUCUGAAAAUGAAUGUCAUCAAGUCAGGUCAAGCACUUAUGCACUUUCACCAGAAAUGCAAAGAGGGAAACCAAUUAUCAAUGAAAACGAGGUGUCAAGCAAAGCUGAGUGGAGAAUAGAUUUCCCCUGUCUUGGUGGAAGGACUCCUCCACAGGUUUUUUCCCAGUGCAAAGGCACAGCUUUUCCCACUGGGGCAUCAACUAUUUAUAUGUCCCAUCACCAGAACCCUACCUCCCAUUCUGCAGAAGAGCCUGGGCUUUUAGCAGCGCUAACCAGAGGCCAGUCCCCAUCACCCAGUCCAGUCACCAGACCAGUGAUAAAAGAGGAGCCCUCUGACAUUGAGACAUUCUACAUUAAAUGGGAGAUGAGUGAGGAUGGUAUUGGGGAGCAACGGGAGGGCCUAGGUCCGAUACACAUCCUGGGAAAAGAGUACGAAGCCCAGCAGACGGGUGGAACUCCAACCAGGCAAAGAGAUGGAACUCACCCUGUUGCUGGUAGCCAGAGUGGACAUGAGUAUGGGGAGAGAUCGACCAGGCAUCUGAAAAGGAGCGCAGAGACACAGAGGAGGUUCAGAGAGAGAGUCCGUGCUGACCCUGAGAAGUUCCGGGCCUACAAGGAGAAGGAACGACGCAGGAAUCAGCAGAGGAAAGUGUCGAUAUCAGAUUUACCUGAAGAGACCCGCAGAUUGAAGAGAGAGGCCUGGAGAGAAGCAGCCAGACGCUGUCGUGCCCGCAAAAUGUCCUUUUUGCAAACGAACCCCACACAGCCCUGCCACCUCCCACAGAACAGAGACACCUGGGGAGACUAGGGGACACCACAGACAGUAGGGGGGAUUAGGCCUGCACAGAUGAGUUUAGGCUGCCAAACAAAGAUGGGGAUUUUGGGAUCAUAUUUGUUGAUAUCUCCUUUGUUGUUUGAGAGGAUGAAUUCUGUAUCAUAUUGUAAUGAUCCAGUUAUUCAAUGAAUUGGUUCGGGCUGUUAAUGUUCUAUGUUUUUUUUAUUUAGAGAUGUCGGUAAAUUAAUUCACAUUGAACACCAUUUGCUAUUGUUCACUGAUUUACCACUAGACGGUGCUGUGAUUGAGCCACCCCAAACACAUUUGACACGUGACGCGCGCGAUUGGCGCGGCGGAAGUGAACUGAUAGGUAAACGUUGAGCUGUAAUACAGUUGCUCUCUAAAACAUGUCAAAUUAAUUUUCUUCCGAAUAUUUUAUACAAGUGAGUGCCUUUGAAAUACCACGUUUUCGUUCGCUUUCUCUCGUUGAUAAUAUUGUUACUGAAGGGUUACAAACUGACACACACAUCGGUAAAGUUGUUGGCUGCUGACUGUUUAGCCAGCUGAGCUAGCUAGAAAUGUUACGUUACAGUGCCACAGACAAAAGGGUUAGCUAGUUAUCAGCUGCUUCACUCUGACUUGGCCAACUUAGCAAACUUGAUAACGUUAGGUUGUGUGGGUUAGUUAAAAAGAAGAAAAAAAAUCUCCCAAGUAGAGUAAUGAAUUCCUGUUUACAUAACGAAGAAAACGCUCGUGCAGUGGAAAAUGCUAUCAGAACAGCGGUAAAUACUGUCAUGGAUGUUAUUUACAAUAUGAACAGUACCAAAAUAAUAGAAUAUGAAAGGAAGGUGGCAGAGAGGGACAAAGAAAAUGAAACCCUUAAAUGUAAGCUUAAAAAAGCUGAAGACGAAUUAACAACAUUUCGAGUAGGCCUAUCCUUUGAAUUGUCUGCACUGUCACCAGAAAGAGAUUUUGGGAAACCGAUGUGCAAUGAGAACGAGGUGGCAAGCGAAAAUGAUUGGAGAAUGGAUUUCCCCAGUAAGUAGCUCUGUCCUGAUUGCUUGUUUAUCAGUAGUUCAUAAUACUGUACAUUCCCACUCAAGUCACCGGUGCAUAAAUGUCAGUGUGUACAUCAUUAUAGACACUAUAUGAUAUCAUGAGGAUGAAUGUAUUCGUAGUUGAUAUUCCCCAUAUGCUAAAGUAAUGCUGUUGCCAGUACUGAGACAAAUCUGGUACAUGAGGUCAUGUAGCUAACUACCCAAUUUGCCUCAGUAUAUGCUCUGCAGAUUAUCAUUGUGUACUAGGUACUGCCCCAUUUAACAUUGCAACGCCUAUGAUGAGACAUCUUCUUGUAAUCUUGUUCAUUUUAACCGCCCUGCUGGUAAAGGCAACUUGAAAAUGUCUAUGCUCAAACCUGGCCAGUUUGUGACCAACCCCUGCUUUAGAUAUCAUGUAUUUGUUUCAAUCCCAGGUCUCAAUGCAGGGACUCCUGGGCUUUCAGCAGAGCGAGCCAGAGGCCAGUCCCCAUCAGCCAGUCCAGUCACCAGCCCAGUGAUAAAAGAGGAGCCUGCUGACACUGGGUCCUUCUACAUCAAAUGGGAGAUGAGUGAGGAGAGCAUUGCAGAACAACAGGAGGGUUUAGGCCCGAUGCAUGUCUUGGGGAAAGAGUCUGAUGGAACGUCUUCUGUUGCUGGUAGCCAGAGUCCAGGCGAUAGACGUUCAGAACAGUCUGAGGAGACAUCGACAGAGCAUGUGAAAAGGAGGCUGUCAAGCGCAGAGACACAGCGGCAAUACAGAGAGAGAAUCCGUGCUGACCCUGAGAAGUUGCGUGCCUACAAGGAGAGGGCAAAAUGCAGGGAGGAGGAGGAUGAGGAUUGGAUCAGCAACUUUCAUGUCCCUUGGCAGCAGACGCCUGAAAGCCUCAGGCGAGCCAUUGCAGAGGGACGAAGAGUCGAAGCGGCAGAUAGGCGGCUGAUGGUGAGGAUCACCGUUGAUGCAAUGCGUGUACACUGCCUCAACCCCAACAAGAAAGUAUGUGCAGAAAUAGCCAAAGCCAUAGUUGCAGAAUAUCCAGAGAGCUUUGCAGACCUGUCAAAAGAAGGGGAACUGCUUAGCAGAAGGUACUCCUCCUUGCUCACCCAAAUAAAGACAAGAGUGGAGCAUGUGAACCGGAACACUGAAAAUAGAAUACGCAGACCCAAGACGAGCAAAAAAGGGGAACACAGCAACAGACAAGCCAAAACAGCAAGAACAAAAAUGGACAGUUAUGGGUGCAUCAACUGGCACCCACAGGACCUUCCGGAAGGAGAGACUACUGAGUCCAUGGAAAAUAAGAGACAGAUUAUGGCCACCAUUUUCAACAUUGCAGGCCCCAUAGGUGUGGACAGGGGAGACGUGGAUGAAUUCAUGAGGCUUACGUACAUUAACCAACGCCACAUGAUAAAUGCAUGGCCAGCCCCAAGCAUCGGUGAUGUCAAGGAACAAUGGCCUUUUCUUUUUACCAAGAGAUGGCUCUGCGCCCACUUCCACAUGCUCACUGGAGUUGAGAUCGACCGCUGCCUCAGUGACGCUCUGCUGAGCAAGGGAAAGACCAUUGUCAAUUUCUUCCGAAGUCAGAAACCCAAAUGGAGGAGAGGCGUCAUAAGUCUCCUCAAUGACAUUGAAGGUGACCUCAGUGGAAACAAGGACCUCACAGCCUGUGCUGCCAUUCUUCUGGUGCUGUCCCACUUCAGAGAGAAAGAGGACUCUCUCUUCCUCUUGGCUGAUGUGAAUGACACCCAGAUGGAUGUAGAGGCUCAGUUGCAUUUGCCGGCCACUCCAAGACUUAUCAUGCUUGGGAGUUCCCUGCUGGCUUCAUCUAAAUGGAUGGUGUCGAUCGAGGGAAGAGUGGUCUGUGUUUUGGAAAAUCAGUCCAACUUUGCUGCUGCCCUCUCUGUGCUCUUCGGCUGUUUCUACGUGUUCAAUACAGAGUACCAGGAGACAGCCUCAGCAACACUGGAGUUUAUUCAGAGGUGUCUAGUAGGGAUCAACCCAAAUGAAGGAACCAAAUGCUCUUCAUGCCUUGAUUCAGAAGCCGGGGUGAGCCGCAGGACUGGAAGAGUUGUGCAAAGGAAGACCGAUGCAGUUGCCGCCUUCCUCAAAGACCUGACUGAAUUUGAAUGGUGAACCAGUUUCAUAGGAGAUGCAAACACACAAACAAGGAUGCACAUACAUGAUGCAUAGCUUCAAAUGUUGUAAUGUUGCUCUUUUUUAAUAUCAAUCAAUCACCACUACAGGUUGCAAUUGAGAUCUGUCAUCUUGGAAUAUUUGUCCUAUGUUGCUGUUGGCUGGUCCUGUCUGUGAUGGGGAAACGUGAUUUUAUAACUUUUAUGUUAUAAUGAUGUUCUAAAUGAUUACUGGAAGUGUUUUUUUUUUUGUUGACAAAUUUAAGACGUUUUGUAGACUUAUUGUAAACAAAAUCAGUGUGAUAAAUUCUAUUUUGUUCGUGACGAGUUCCCAUUUCCCUACAGUGUUAAAGGGGCAGUGCAGUUAAACUUGAUUUUCCUGCUUUGUUAAAUAUUUUCACACGAUGAGGUUGAAAUAAAACUCAGAAAUUGUGAAAAUUAUGCCCUUUUUUGUGUACGAGCUGUUUGAAAAUUGCCUGGAAUUGCAGCCAGUCUAGUUGGGAUGGAACUUUUUGGCCCACCUCAUGACGUCACAAUGUGAUCUAAUUAUAAUAGAUCAAUGAUUGUUCAUCUGGGUAAGGGGGUGGGCUCUAGACCAUCCUAUCAGCCAAUCUGGUCUGUGUAUGUAAAUAAUGUAUACUCAAAUGUGUUUCCUAAUGCCCACAUGAUCAAACUGAGCAUUUUUAGGGCCAAAGGAGGCUCAAGGAAAUAAAUGGUUGAACAUA